CUCUCGGUCAUCACCGCCAAUCCAACUUCAAAGUCCACCUUCCAACUACAAAGUCACAAUGAGCACCAAUCGCACCCGCAAGGAAGAUAUGUGGGCUCAAUCCUCCUCCACCGGCAACACGGAGAACCGCACUCCAUCCAGCCCAGCAAAGAGCUCUCCCUCCACUUCCCCAGCCAAGUCCACCGGGGCCAGCAGCAUCGGCACAAACGAGGGCAGCAACUCUACCAAGGCCUCUAUGACGCCAAUCUCCCGCGGCAGCCACUCCGGCAACCACAGCCCGGAGGAAGGACUCCCACCGAUGCCCAACGUCAGCAGGAUGUCUGAGUUCGGAGAUGGAUCUGAAUUUGGGGGUGGGGGUUUGAGCAUGUUAGGGGGUGACCACCAGCAGCAUGCGGAUGCGUUGACCAGAGCCUUGAGUCGCAUCAGUCUCCAUGGGGACACGACGCCAAGGGCUCUGAAGACAGCGGCGCAGAUCACAGCUACCAAUUAAGUGGGAGGGGCAUUGCAAGUUGUGUUAUGGUGAUGGAUUUGCUACGGAGGCUCACUUGUGGUAAUGAUGGAUUCGUUAUGGAAGGUUAUUUGUGAUAAGGAUUAAUUCGUCGUGGGAGGUCAUUUGUUUGUUCGGAUGAAUUCACUAUGGAGGGUAAUUUGUUGUAGUGACGGGUUUGUUAGGGAGGCUGUUUAUCAC